AUGUCAUCAUCCGAAUCAUCCGAAUCAUCCGAAGUCGAACAGAGUCAACUGACAGUAGGCGAAUUGAAAGAAUUGAUCGAGAUGAACAUCAGGGCUCUCUAUUCCUCCAACAAGAUCAGGCUGUUCCUGGUUAAGCGUGUCGAGAAGCGUUCAGGUCAGGUUCUUUACGGAGCUGGCGUUGCUAUGUUUUCGAACACUGAGGACACUAAUGUCUUCCUGCGAAGCAGCGGCAGAAGACUCACAGUCGAAAGCGCGCUGGAGGAUAUCCUCGACCAGACGAUGGCGGAGCUCAGUGAGGAUGUGGAAUUCCCCGAAUGGCGUAUCAAAAAAUCUAUGGGUAUUCACUACAUAAUUACGAAAACACAGAUCACAGAUAAAGAGCUAACCUUGAUUUUGUUUGUAGUCCGCAAAUGA